CUUACAUGGACAGCAAUAUGGUUUGUCCGUAGUAGCAACGUCAGAAAUAAAGAACAUGUUAAGGUUGAAUCCUCUUGCUGGAGGCUUCGAGCGUCAAUGGGUUUGAGAUACUGAGUGAACUCACUGACACAACAAUGGAUGUACCAUUGCAGAGGCUAAACAUUCGUUACAAGGAUGAAGAUGGCACAGUGCUUUAUGAGUCCUAUGUACCUCCUUCUCGGGAUUCAGUCCAUCUCCCCACCUAUGUCAUCUAUCUUCUCAUAGCCGUCUUCAUUGUGGUGUCCGUUCUUUACGCCAUUAUUGGCCACCUCAUCAAAGACCUCAUCCAUGACUUUGCAGACUGCCUGUUUGGGAAGCAGCCUGAAGAAGUGGUGGUGAACUAUUGUGAGGCCAAAGAUAAGUUUAUGGUAGACUGGUCCCCAGAAACCUCACCUGAACUGGAGGCAAUGGCUCGGGCAGAGGAGAACAAGAUGGUGGACAGGGACUUCAUGAAAGCACCUGCAAUUUGGAUCAUCUCCACAGAACCUCGGAGCACCAAGAAAGGACCUCGUGUUGUUUUUGGGAAGAGAUAAUAGUCAUGUUGAUGAUAUGAUGACAAAUGUGAGUGGAUAAGGACAUUAAUUAUUUAUGAGACAUGAAUUAUUUAUGCGUAAAUCUAAAACUAUAUAUCUUCAUGCCGUAAACAUUCAGGUUUGCUGUAGUUUAAGAGGUGGAACAAUUAAUUGGUCAUUUGGGGACAUCUUGUGGCUACUCAUAGUCAUUACAUCUGAUUUUAAAGUACAGGUAUUAUGCAACUAACCAAAACAAAACAUACCCGCUAUAAAUCAC